ACGAUUAUUAUAGCCUUUCUCGGUGACUCUGUUUCAGUCAACUCAACGGUUCCGUCGUUCGCCCUAUAUAUUGCCAUUUUUUCUGCUCAGGAUUCAUCAAAGGACUCGCACCAGUACUUGCAUCAAUGGCCCAGAGAUACCAUGUCUUUUCGUUACCUCCCGAAUUGCUGGAGACGCUUACACCCCGGAAUCUAAUCAGUCGACCGCCACCCGAAGUCCCGGCCCUCGUGCAACCAGCUCCUCUAGUAUCAGAUAACGCGAGAGGGUGUAACGUUUGCCUAGAGGCGACAUUUUUAGAUGUAACGGAGCAACGUUCUCAUUUUCGAUCCGAUUGGCAUCGAUACAAUGUAAAGAUCCGCUUGAGGGGCGGCAGCCCUGUGACAGAACCAGCCUUCGCGCAGCUUGUAGACGGACUAGAAGACUCCCUCUCAGGGUCUGCGUCAUCUGACGAGAGCUCUGAUGACUCCGAUGCAGUCAAGGCCCUCGUCAGUAAAAUCAAGCGGAUAUCGAGACCGUCUUCACCCAGCGAGGAGCGACAAACACUGGUUACAGCGAUUACUUGGUUUCAUUCGCAUCCAUCCACUCAAAUCGGGGUGUACAGAAUGCUAUUUCCAAUAGAUACGCCUGCACUAUUGUACUUGGCGGAGCUGAAGAGCAUGCAGGAACGUGUGGAAGGUGGACGCAAGUGGGCUAUGUUUAUGGUCGCCGGAGGUCACUUUGCAGGCGCAGUCGUGCAAGUCGGUAGGCCUGCAGAAGACCAGGAUAUACCUGUCUCUGCGAAGGCGAAAAAGAAACCACCAAAACCCAAGCCGGAGACAUUAAUACUCAAACACAAGACAUUUCACCGUUACACUACUCGCCGUAAGCAGGGUGGUUCGCAAUCGGUAAACGAUAAUUCCAAGGGCGCUGCCAUCAGUGCAGGUGCCAUGCUUCGCCGUUAUGGCGAGCAAGCUCUCCGAGAUGAUAUUCGUAACCUUCUCCAAGACUGGGCUGAGGACCUUCAGGACUGCGAAAGAAUUUGGAUACGUGCUAGUGUCUCUAACAGGCGCAUUUUCUUUGACUAUGAAAACUGCGUCAUUAACAAAGGAGACGAUCGUCUGAGAACAUUCCCUUUUCCAACGCGCCGACCCACUCAAUCCGAGCUCAUGCGAUGUCUGCUAGAGCUCACUCAAGUGAAGACGUCACACCUUACAGAGGAAGCCCUCCGAGCGCAGGACGAAGCGUUCAUCGCUUCUCUACCCAAGCCCAAAGCUACGCCCUCUGCCGCCCUCGCCCCUGCGCCCGAAAAGGCAAAACCGCAACGACUAACUAAGGAAGAAGAAGCCUACCGCGAGAAGUGGUCGCGACUAUUAGAUAUGAUAAGCAAGGCGCUCAUACCGGAAUGGACAGGGGAUCGGCGCGCAUCCCUGCUCCAAGUCGCCGCGCAAUCAGCGCAAGAAGAUGUAACACGCUGGCUGUUGUACGACCUGCAUGCCAAUCCAACUAUCACUGUUCCGUCUUCUGGCGCAUGUCAGGAAGACGAAGCUGCCAAUGAAUCUGACGCAUCAGACGCGCCUCCGCAAGGUGCAGGUUCGCGUCAUACUGCCUAUGAUUUAGCCCGUACGAGAGGGGUCCGUGACGUCUUUCGGCAGUGCGCAGGAGAUCACCCUGACUGGUGGGACUGCACCUUCAACAAGGAAAAGGAAGAAGCGAAGGAUGAGAAGAAAAGGCAAAGGAAGAAAGGCCUGAAAGAGAAGAUGCGGGAACGGGAGGCCAAAGAGAGAGAGCGUGAAGGUAAACGGUCUGACAUUGAUGACGAGCAGGUAGAGGCAAAGCCCGAGCCUCGCCCUCAAGAUGCUAUGGCUCCCCGAAAGCUGGGAGGUUCGUCCGGAGCAACUGAUGGUGUCAUAGGUUUGACUCCUGAAAUGAGAGCAAAGGUGGAGCGGGAGCGAAGGGCCCGAGCAGCUGAAGCACGGUUGAAAAAUCUUACUGGACCACGACAAUAG